GCAGCGUCUGCGCCCUUGCCGUCUGCUUCGUGCGCUCUUUGCACCGGCCGGUCGGUGUUCGGGUCCCGAGUUCAAGUGCGUGCAUCUGCCCGGCCCGUCCGUUCACACGAGCACUCCGCCGGCGCUGACGAUGGAGCGGCUGACCGUGAAAGCCUACUUGAUGGGCAAAGAGGACGCUGCCCGGGAGAUCCGCCGCUUCACCAUGGAGCCGCUCGACGGCCCGGGCCGCUGCGAGAAGCUGCUCCGACGCGUGGCCGAGGUGUUCCCGGCGCUGCGGCCCGGGGGCUUCCAGGCCUACUACCGGGAUGAAGAUGGGGACCUGAUUGCCUUCUCCAGUGAUGAUGAGCUGAACAUGGCAAUGCGCUAUAUUAAAGAAGACCUCUUCCGGAUUUACAUUAAAGAGAAGAAAGAAUGUAAGCGGGAGCAUCGGGAGCAUCGUCCCCCCUGUGUCCAGGAGGUUCCCACGAACAUGGUGCAUCCCAACGUGAUCUGUGAUGGCUGCAAUGGGCCAGUGGUGGGAAAUCGCUUCAGGUGUACCAUCUGCCCUGACUACGACCUCUGCAGCACCUGUGAGGGCAAAGGUCUUCACAAAGAGCAUAACAUGAUUGUCUUUCAGAGUCCCUUCAACACCCACCUGCCUGAGGUGAGAGGCAAGCGGCCUGGAAAGAAAUGGAUUUCCCGCCGACGCUGGCUUCAGAAGAUGAGACAUGGGCCUUUCCCACAUUUUGGGUGGAUGCCAGGCUGGGGAUUCGUUGCUUCUCACCCCAUGAAUCAGAAUGCUUCACAGGCAGAAACUAUCGGGACUCCCCCCAAUCCAGGAGCAGAACAAGCUAGUACCAGUUCACAGCAGGACCCCAAUGUCACCUUCCUGCAGAAUGUAGGUGAAAGUGUGGCAGCUGCCCUUAGCCCUCUGGGUAUUGAUGUUGACAUUGAUGUAGAGCAUGGUGGAAAAAGAAGCAAAGUGACUCCAUCCUUCUCUCAGCCCAACAGUGAGAAGGGUAGCCCUCAGCCAAGCAACUCCUCAUCCAGCCAGAGCCAAGCAAACUCCCAGAGCGCCGAAAUGGAAAUGGCGGCCCUCUCUGAGCAAAUGGAGAAGGUCAUCGUGGAGUCUUCCACGAUGCAAGUGGAUGAAAACCCACCAUCCCAAGAACAGACCGAGACUGGUUCAGGAGGAGAUGAUGACUGGACUCACUUGUCUUCGAAAGAAGUGGAUCCUUCUACAGGUGAACUUCAGUCCCUACAAAUGCCAGAAACAGAUGGUUCCAACUCCAUGGACCAUUCUCAAGAGGGACCCACAGGGCUCAGGGAGGCUGCUUUAUAUCCACAUCUUCCACCAGAAGCAGAUCCGUGUUUGAUUGAAUCCCUCUCCCAGAUGCUGUCCAUGGGCUUCUCUGAUGAGGGUGGCUGGCUCACCAGACUCCUGCAGACCAAGAACUAUGACAUCGGGGCCGCCCUCGAUGCCAUCCAGUAUUCUAAGCACCCACCUCAUCCGUAACAGAUUCCUGCUCUGAGAAUUCCCUCACCUCGCCUUUCUGUCUGUAAUCACACUUACCUGUCUCAGUCCCAGCUUCUCUGGAAAUUAAGAUUAUCUUUGUGAAGGUUCUUAGUUCUGUGUUCAGUCAUGUUGGAAACCAUAUCACUUCACUUUUUGUUUAGGCCAUUGUGAGUGAGCCCCGGCACACCCACCUCUCAUCAUUGUGCCAUUGUUUCAAGGGGGAAGGCAGGAAACAAAGGCUGACAGCUCACUCUGGGCAUCCCUUCACCUCUUUGUGAAGGAACAGUUUUGUAAGGAGGAGAAGGGCAUGAAGUCAUAGCAAAAGGCGGGCUUGCCUAGUGUUUUGUUUCCAUGUUCCCUUAGCUCUGGUGUAAGAGAACUCUACUGGUUCAUGUCAGUUGUCUUAAAAUUAAGUAGUGUUAACUUUUCACCUCUGUAACCGUUUCUGCAGUUAAACUUGUGAAGAACUAAUGUUGCUUUCUUUUGGUGGAAAAAAUUGCCAUAUCCAAUGCCAUUCAUUCAAUAAACAUUUAUUCAGCCUUUA